CUUACAUUCUUAUCAAAAUGAGCAAACAACCAGUAUCAAGACUUCUAAUAGUUUGUGGGAUUUUGUCACAAGGAAUUGUGGCUUUGUCGGUUGAAAAUUUUGCAUCAUCGGAUCUUCUCACUCGUCAAAAGCGAUCCACUCGACUGGCGCAUUCAGAAUUAUUCACAUCACAUCAACAUCAUCAACCAGUUGUCCAACCAAUAAUCAGAGUACCUCUGCAGCAGUUUUUAGAGACACCCUCUGCAGUGAGCAUCAGGAUCAAUGGUGUCAGAGUUGGUCUUGGGAUUGUGGUUCAUGCUAAUAUUAUAGCAACGAAAGCCAGCUAUGUUCAUAAUACGCCUCUGUCACGUGCAAGUGUUACCUAUUAUUCGCCAACCCGUCAAGAUUACGAGCGCCGCGAAGUGCGACACAUUGAAAUUUGUCUGGGUAUUCCAAAUCUACCUCUUGCACCACAUAAUGUUGCCUUAGUUGUAGUGAAUCGAAGCAUUCCGGUAGAUGGUAGAAAUUCGGUUAUAGAGACCAGGCUUCGAGAAAAUUUUACCCCAGGCGAAGUUUUGUGGAUUCGUGAUGCACUGCGAACGCUGAUUCCACGUCUGAGAAGGCGCAAUAAUAAGUAAUGAUGACUUGCAAUGUGGACAUUGACGUGUACGAUUUUUAUGUAGCAAGCUAUUGCGUCAAAUAUAAGGAAAUAAAUCUUCAAAAGCUUA